AUUUGUUCAUUUCUUCACUCAAAACACUUCCGUUUACACAAUUCACAUGAAACAAAGUUGCCUUGCCGGUGAAGACACGCCACCCUAAAUACCACCCCAUACUCUCUCUAACUUGCAAUCUUCACCAUCUCCAGCUCAAUUCUCCUGUCAUUUUUCCAAAAAAAACUCCCAAUAAUAACCAAAAACACACCACAAAAUGCCAUUUCUAUUUCCUCUUCAUCAUCCGCCACCUCCGCCACCGUCUCGCCGAUCACAAACCUUCCAAAAAUGCCACGUAACAGUUUAGUAAUCACCACAAAGAUUCACAUAAUGGCAUUAGACGGAAUAGUAAACGUCAAUUCUUUAUUCACUUUAGGUCUAUUUCUUGGCCUUGCUUACCCCGCUCCUGAUCCGGCCACCACCCUGAUCGGCGAUCCUUCGUGUUUCGCUAGUUCCGCCGUGGCCGAAGACUUGGUAACUUUCCACGUGUAUUCUUUUAGCGCUUUUCUGUUCUCUAGUCUCGUUGCCUUGGCUAUCAAGCAAGCUAUAAAGAUUGAAGAUAAGGAUGAUGAUUUUGUGGUGACGGAGGCGGAGUUGGGCGGCGGUGGCUUGGUGCAUGUGAACAUGGUGGCGCUGAGAGUAGGGACUUUGGUUUCUGGAUUUGGUUCGGUUCUUGGAUGUGGGUUUUUGAUGAUGGCUUUGGUUCAACUGGUUCAGAUGAAAUUAGGGGUUUUGAGUUGUGGAAGUUUUUAUACUUUUGCUGCUAUUGGUCCUUUGGUUACAUUAGUUCCUUUGGCUUUACUCAUUUAUGUUUUUCUUAUGCUUUAUUCCUUUAUUCGUUAAAUUUUUAUUGGUAAAUAAAUCAUCAUAAGGGUUAAAUAUGGGUUAUAUUGUUUUUUACAA